AUGGCGCUCCAGUCCUCCACGCCCUCCAAAUGCAAGCAGGAUUGUCUGAGUCGACACGAGGAGGGCAGCAUGUGUGUCGCUUACAGGCAUUCCAGUGGCAAAUGCCGCAUCUAUCUAAAAUCUCCUCCAGGGCCGCCUCCCGCCACAUCACCUGUUAAAAGAAAAGUUGCGUUAAAACAGUGUUAUAGAGGUUACAUCAACUCAACUUUCCCCUUUGUACCUGAAAACAAAGACGAUUUCGCAAACGCCCCUUGCGAUCCAGACACUACCACAUCAUCUUCGACAACGACAUGGUCUGCAUCCAAAGUAUCUACAACCGAGACAACUUCAGUCUCAAGCGACACGACUACUGUCACUUCGCCAGGUGCAUCUACUUCAACUGCUACUACCGAUACUACUUCUACUAUGUCUCCAGCUGCGUUUCACAACAAGUCUGUGGCCAGUAUUGUUUCUGUGACAAUUGCUGGUACUACCGCAACUGCAUCAGCAACAACUGCAUCAGCAACAACUGUUCAAACAACAGCUACCACUCCUGCUGCUGCCACUUGUAUUGCCUCUGUCACCACUGCUACUACUACUGCUAGCGCUACUACCAAUGCUGCUGCCGCUUCUACCACGCCAAACUUUACCACUUCUGCUGCUGCGUCUACUACUGCUUCUACGACACCGACAAUGCCUACCACAUCACAACCAACAACAUCACCCGCUGAGAAAAGAAAAGAUGCCAUUGAAGUCGUCUCACCAUGGGAACACUGCCACGUCACAGGUACCUGUCAAGAAGUCUGCAUCAGAGUCGAAGGCCUUUACACACUGGACGUGAUGGCCAUGUUGGAGCAACUUCUUCUGGAGAAAAAUAUAUUAUCUUCCUACCGCAGAUCCAAAAUAUCCAUACCAGACCACCGACCCUCUGCUGUCAGUAUUGGCGAGUCCUGUAUCGGUCCCGGGGAAUGUGGGUGUACACAGAAAUGCAGAUACGGCGCCUGUCGUAACGGUCAGUGUGUAUGCUGGGAAGGAUACAAAGGGGCUGACUGCUCGCAAUAUGAUUCAAGCAUAAUGAUGAACAAGGAUGUGGCGGUAGGUAUGAACUUGGGUGGAAUCAGCUACUUUUCGUCUGAGGUGAAGUUCGUGGACAUCCACAAGCUUUCCCAGGAGUGGGUCACACAGAGAGAUGGACGACAUGACUGGGACACGCAGGAACAGGACAAGCUGCACUUGACAAAGGAUGGGUACCCAGCCAGUCUUGAACCUGGACAGAAACUGGUGCAACUAAUGUUCAGAAGUUUUGGAUCACACGAAGAAAAGGGGAAUUUCACGGUUCUCUAUGAUGGCGAGGGGACUAUGGACUUUGGACUCACUGAAGAACAUGUUCUUUAUGAUGGAAAAGGUCGCAUGGUGGUUAGAAUGCCAAAGAUUGGUUCAGGUGGAUUCACUAUGACGAUCCAUACAACGAAUCCCAGGGAUCCUCUAAGAAACAUACGAGUUCUUGUCCCUGGUUUCGAGUAUGUGUACGAUCGAUUCCCAUUUCACCCAGUCUUCUUGGAGAAUCUCAAACGAUACUCGGAACUUCGUUUCAUGGACUUUCUGUCAACCAACGGUCACGAGCCGGAACCAACAACAUGGGCAGACCGUAAUACCCCUGGUUCUUACACUCAAGCUGGAUCACAGGGCGGCGCCAUCGAGUACAUGAUACAUCUGGCCAAUACACUGGGAGCCAACCCUUGGUUCAACAUCCCCCAUGCUGCAACUGAUGACUAUGUCAAGAACUUUGCUCAGCUGGUGAAGCAGAAUCUCAGACCGGACCUGAAGGUCUACCUGGAGUACUCCAACGAGGUAUGGAACGGUAUAUUCCGACAGAAUAAAUACGCGGGUGAACAGGGUGUCAAGUUGAACCUUGCCUCUCAGCAGUGGAAGGCAGGGCUGGUUUACUAUGGUAGACGAGCAGCUGAGAUUGCCGACAUCUGGAACCAGGUGUAUGGAUCUGACAAGGACAAAGUGUACCCAAUAUUUGCAUGGCAGACAGGUUACCAGGACUACUACCGACAGGCGGUGGCAGCUCUGGGGGAUAACAUAAAGAAGUUCAAGGCCCUUGGUCUCACAGGCUACUUCAGCUGUGAUAAGGCAGCCGACAAACACGCGAAGGAAAUCGUGUCCAUGUCUAUGUCUCAGAUUCAGGAUCUGUGCAAGAAGGAUGUACCUGUCAUGGAAGAUCAACUCCAUUACUACCUCAACAUGUCUAAGAGUCACGGCUUGCAGCUAGUGAUGUACGAGGGAGGACCAGGAGUAAUGGAAAGUGGCGCCAUAGCCCACUUCGGUCAGAACACACAGGCAGUGACCGACAAGGCAAUAGCCUUCAACAAAGACAGUCACAUGGAACAACCAGUUAUUGACAUCAUGAACACGUGGUUCAAACUCGUUACUCAGGACCCUUCCAACAAAUCACCAGGAGGUCUGUUUAAUUAUUUCUCCUACACAAGCACCCCCUCCAAGUACGGAAGCUGGGGGAUGUUGGAGUACACGGGGCAGGAUCCCACGACAGUGUCCAAGUUCCGGGCAGUGCAGCGGUUUAUCACGCAGCAUUACAAGUCCAAUCCCCUGGGUCCUCGGUGCAGCUUUGUAAAGGCAGGAGCCUUGGCGUAUGGGUGUUUCCAGCAGACCACUGGGGUGUUUCAGUGUGGACAGACUGACAACAAUGGUCGGACAUGGAGUUUCUACCCAAGUCUUAACCAGACAAAGGGAGAGUACUUGGUUCUGGACGGCUACAACACCAAAACCUUCUCCCUUUAUGUGCGCCUGACGGACACCAUGGGCGCCAACAGCUACUACGUGUACAACACCCGAAACAGGAAAUGGAGCACUUUGCAGGUGUUUAGAUAUUACGAAGAAGAAGCCGCAUUUGAUCUUCUACCAAGACUUCCCAACGGGGUCUAUGACAAUCUCGAUGCGCAUGCCCAGUGCGCCUGA